CGCUGCGCUGAAAGUGAAUUCACAUAUACCAUCAGCGUAACGGAACAUCAUCACAAACGUCAACGUCGUCGCUCUGAAAAAUUGUCCGACAUCAGCAGUUGACGGUGACGUUGCGACUGUUUUGGUUCGUUUUGGCGGACUGUUUGAAAAAAAAAUCUAGUUUUUGUUAUUAAAGAGAGGAAUAUUUGUUUAUUAAAUUCCGUUGUUUCUGAGUGCAUAUCAUGAUGGAUGACAGAGCGCUGAUUGAGAUGGUGAGACAGUAUGAAGAGCUGUAUAAUAUGAGUGAUGAACGAUAUACUGACAAAAUUCACAAAGAUAAUGUUUGGAGGCAAAUCGCCAUGGAACUCGGUUCAACAGAUGUAGCGUGUAAAACGAGAUGGAUCUCACUUCGGGAUCAAUUCAGAAAGACGAUAAAGAAGAAAGAGGAGACAGACGCGUCCGAACCGAGUUCAAAAUGGAAAUACGAGGACUGUAUGUCAUUUGUUCUCCCAAUGCAGAAAAGAAGAAAAACUUUAUCCACACGAACGGGUCUGUUUAAAAGCGCAAAAAGGGCCAAUCCAGAACCGGCAUCUCCGAUGCAGUUAAUGCGAUAUCCGAUUGGAAGCGCUAAAAGAGAAACCACAGCAGCACCGAAACAAGAUCCCAUUGACGUGUUCUUUCAAGGAUUAGCAGCUACCGUCAAAACGUUUUCGCCUGAAUAUCAACAUGCUGCGAAAAAUCGUCUUUUUGCGGUGGUUUCCGAUCUUGAAUGGCAGCAGCUUCAAGAUAACGCCCAGAAUUCUCUACCUUCAACGCCAGUACCGGCCACAUCAGCGCAGAGUGAAACACCAACGCCUGUGGCAGUUUUUCCAAGCUGUUAUAAUACGGGAAAAAAUGAGCAGGAAUAAAAAUUUUAUCGAUCACAAUAUUCUUCAAUCUUAGAAUAAUAAAAAGUAGAACAAUUUGGAACCUCAGCCGUGCACCGUGCUUGCUUGUUUGUUU